AUCAAAAUGAAAGUUGCAAUAUCAAACAUGGCGGCGGUGGUGAAGAAGUCAAGGCAUGGAAAUGGCUGGCAAUGUCAUGUCUUUAAUAAACUACAUUGAAUUGGAAACAAUGCGAUUGUAAUUUCCCACAAUUAUAGGUUUUUUAGGUACUAUGGAGAAAUCCAAGCACCAUAAAAGUUCCUCGAAAUGUCUCCCAGACUGCAACGCCAGUUGUAUGGGAGUUAAUGCUGAUGGAACCAAAGCUCUUCUUGCUGGGCGCAGGUCAUUCACCCUUAUCAACUUAGAUGAUCCAAACCUUCCAUACAAACGAUAUGCUCAGAAUAACAAAUGGGAGCCAAGUGUCCUUGAAUGGAAUUCAUCGUACCACAGCAGUGAUCUCUUUGCAACUGUGCUGAAUCAGAAAGUUGAAGUCUGGAGCUACAAGGAAUUGAGCAAUGCCCCAAGAUGUGUUCUUGGUAGGCACACACGCGUUGUAACUGAUUUAAACUGGAAAACGUCAGGUACAGAAGAUGCAUCAAGAAUAUUGUUAACAUGCUCUAUGGAUACACAGAUCUAUCUCUGGGAUCUCAGGGAACACAAGCGACCUGUACAGACUUUUUCAACUGUAGCUGGGCCAUCUCAGGUCAAAUGGAACAAAACUAGUGAAUACCUUUUUGCCAGCACCCAUGAUGGAGAUGUUCGUGUUUGGGACACAAGGAAAGGCAAUAUCCCUCUGGCCUAUAUAGCCGCACAUCUAUCCAAAAUUCACGGACUGGACUGGUCAUUUACAAAAGAAAACUCCUUUGUCACCGCCAGCAAUGACAGUACAGUAAAGUUUUGGAACGUCCAUUCUCCUAAGCAAGCCAAAGCAAGUUUGAGUACUGGAGCUCCUGUUUGGCGAGCCAGGUAUACGCCCUUUGGUGAUGGUCUUUUGACCGUGGUUGUGCCAUCGCUGAGGCGAGAUGAGAACAAUCUGCAUUUGUGGCAUUGCUACGAUUUAUCAAGCCCGGUUCACACAUUUUCUGGUCAUCAGGAUGUUAUUCUUGAGUUUCAGUGGCGAUCCCGUGAAAUAAGAGGUCAAAUUGAAUAUCAGUUGGUUACGUGGUCAAAAGACCAGACUAUCAAGAUAUGGGCUGUAUCACCAAAAGUAGUAAAAGCUUGCAGUGAGCAUCCAGAGAGACAUCAUUCGCAUCGCAGUAUGGAAAGCACCACGUCCCCCCAUGGAAGCCCUCCGUUGUCAUCGCAACAUAAACCUAUGGAUCACGAGAAUAAGAAAGUCACUGAUGAAGAAACAAUUUCUGUCGCUCAAAGUUUUGCUGAUACGUCAGGUGAUUUCCUACAAAAGCAUCCUGUUGAGAUUGAAUUUGAAAGCAGACAUGAAAAUCCGCCACAUAACGAGCUGCAAAAAGAAUUUGACCUCAUCAAUAUAAACAACCCUAUUGUGUCUUUCGAGAAGCUGGAUGCAAAGCAAAGAGUUUGUGUUGUUUCGGCUAAAAUUGGACAUCACUUGGUCAGCUUGAACAUCACUUUCCCUCCAGCCUAUCCGAACAACGUCCCACCAAACUUCCGCUUUUCCAAAGAAACAAAUGUUGAUCAUGACUUACGAUCUCGACUUAUGAAGGCUUUGUUGGAGACAGCUAAUGCCCAUGUGAAGUACAACAGAACUUGUUUGGAGCCCUGCGUUCGACAGUUAAUCCAACAGAUCGAGGAGCUCUCGAUGAGAUACGACCUACUUGACUCAAUACUAACCGUUCCACAUCAGCUGCCCUCGUUUUUCCCGCGGAGAGAUGCAUCGGCCUCCCUCGGGAGCUAUCAAGACCCAGCUGUUCCAUUUCCUCGCUUUUCCGGAGCCAGGUUUUGCGGAGUUGAUAAGCUAGUCAUCUUUACAAGGCCAGCAAUGUACACACAUGUUAACAGUGAAGGAAGCGAUAUAACAUUAAGAUCUAUAUCUGCACUCCCAACCUACAUCUCAAAUAUGACUGUGGAGGAGUCCUUUGACACGUCUGUUUUUGAAAAGGAUGUCUCUGCCAAGGGAAUGCAAAGAAGGUCUUCAGGAGUGGUUGUUAUAUCUGAUAUUUCUGCACUGCUACCAAUACAGAAAUCGUUGGCAAAGGAAUGUGUAAUUAAUGGGCCGGAUGUUGGUGAAAUCUGCAGGGUAAAUGUUAACGCUGCAAAAUUGCUCGGUCGGGCAGACUUGGUCCGAACAUGGUCCCUUGUUGCCAUGGUUAUGGAAAAGUAUCUCGAACCAACGGAUAACAUCGAGGAACGGCCUUGGGCAAGGCAUCCAUUUGGCAAACGUCUUAUCGAAUCAUUAUUCAACUAUUACUCGCAAAUUCGUGAUGUCCAGACAAUGGCCCUUUUGAGCUGUGUCCUCUCAAGGCAAAGACUGCCGCAUGCGUCAAACAGUUCACCUACGAAAAUGAAAAAAGGCUACACCAUCACAGAUAUCUCACAAGUUCUUAAAAGGCAACGGACCAGCCUUCAAGAAUGCCAGGUCCAAGUCUCUCCUGACUUCCCUUAUGGAAUAUACCGGAGCUCAUCUACGUCAUCAGCCGCGGGCAGUAUGUCCCCGCCCGCGUUUAUUGUCGAAAGAAGCGAGUCUACGGAAGACUUCAAAUUUGAGUACCGUAAAAGUUGCAGGUUGUUAGAUCCUUCAAUCACGAGGCAGUAUGAUUGUCUUAAAAGGGCCUACGCCGACAUCCUUUAUCGCUGGAAUCUUCUGAAUAAACGAGCCGAAGUCCUAAAACAUAUUGACGAAGUUCCUUCACCCCAUCGUGGCCUUGAUGUCCUCCUCAAAUGUUCAAACUGCUCCCAGACACAGCGUGAUUCCAGGUGUUUCAACUGCAAGUCUAUAAUUAUCAAAUGUUCCAUAUGCAGAAUUGGAGUCAAAGGUCUGUUGAGCUUCUGCGUAGCAUGCGGCCACGGUGGACAUACCUUGCAUCUAAUGGGCUGGUUUCAAAAGAUGGACAGCUGUGCUACCGGAUGCGGGUGUUUCUGUUUGAAAAAUGGAUCCGUUGUGUCUGAUGAAGAAUAUUUAAACUCGGAGUAUUAUUAAUGUGAUCGGCAGAAAAAUGAAUUUCAUAUAAAUGCAAAGUCCGGCUACAUUCAUCGGACUUUCGAAAUGGCAGUUUUAUACACUGGUGUCGUUUUAUGCAUACCAUUGGAUCAACUUUCUUCUCAAGGGCCGGACCGAAUCCAGGCCAAUCAUCUUCAUUAUAACUCGCAUUAUCUCUCUUCGUAACUUUGCUUCAGCUUGCCAAAUUUCCCUUUUUUCCAACCAGUUCCCGUUUGUGGUCAAAUGAGAGCAGUUAUUUCGAGUCUGACAUUCCAGCCUAUCUGAGCUUCAGUAUACCCCUUAAGUUGUGCGCUGGACCUCCAGCUUUGGCCGUUCAAUCCGGGGAAUGGAAGCAGUGGUGUAGUGUUAUUAAAUUAACAAGAAAUUUUGCUAAUUUUCGGCAUUACAAAGGUAGGCUCAGCCCCAUUGAGCCCCCUAGUACUACACCCCUGCAUUGAAGUGGUGUUUCAAAAUACUCAUCUUCUUACAUAGUAUCCUAGCGAGAGGAAAACUGUUAGGAGUGGGCGAAACUGGAGAUCGAGGUACCAAUUGCCAAGCAUUUUUUGCAGGCCAGUCUUCUAAUACGUAUAGAAUUCCGUGUUGUGCAUUGAUAUUAAAAUGUUUCCAAUAUCAUCUCACAGGGUGUUUUGAAAAAUACACUUGUUAUGCCCAAAGCCACCAUGUAAUUGAUUAUUACGCCCAAAGCUGCCACUAAUAUGGUAAAUCACCGUUUACUUGUUGAGUUGAGCCUUAAAGAAAGAAAAACAGGCAUUUCCAAAAUAGCUGGAUCUAGGAAGUCAGGACCUCGAUUCAUUGAUUGAAAUUUAUAAAAAAUUUUAGCUCAAUUUAAAUUUUGUAAUUCUUGAAACAUGAAAAUUUAGAAUAAGUUGUUAGCUUUAAAAUCUCGUUGAUAAUGAACCGUGUAAAAAUUCCUGUGAUUUUUCAUAAAGAAAUUUCUCAAAUAGCCGAUUUAAUAUUUGAUGGGUAAUGUGUGCAUUCACCUGCAGCUGCGUAAUUAUGUUGCAUUAUUUUAUCUGCUCAACCGGUCAUCCAAUACUAAUAAAAAACCCUGUGAAUUCAAACACGUAUUAUAAUCAAACCUUUUCUACAUAAUUUGCUCAAUGUCUUUUGGAGUUAUUAUUCUAGCUGUUUAAAUCCCUUUACAAACAUUGGUUAUCAAUGAAUGUCUUUGUAAGCUUUUUUGCAAUAGGCUUGCGUAGAAUCAAGUGUUUUUUCAAAAUGUCCCUGGAUGACACCCGAAUAUGGAUUUAAAUUAACAAGGGGGCAAAGUUAUCCUUUCGUGAAUUGAAAUGGGAAUAAGUGUGAAAUUCACAAGAGAAGAAGCAUAGUCAGAAAGCAAUAUUUCACCCUUUCACUCAAUUCCCUCUUGGUACUAGGUGCUUUGUAUUCGAAUUCCCUUGAAAGCAAUAGACAAAUGCCACCUCCUUUUGGGGAGAGAAUUGAUCAAGUCAAAUAUCUUGGGGAUAGUCUGAGCAACUUCUAUUGGUGAGGAUUUAAUGCCGAACCCGUUUUUCACUGUGGUUUAACAGAUUGCAAAGACAACUUCGAGGGAGUUGAUCAUAUAUAGUGAAGCUGGAAGUGAUCAGCCUCACUUUCAGUUUUUAAGAUAAUUUGCGACAAAAGGGUACUAGUGGGAAUCACCGGCGAACUUGUGGAGGUUUCCUAUCCAGUUGGUACGUCAACAAAGCCUUUGGAAAGUCCCUUCAAAUUGUGGCCGUUUUCAAAGCUAAAUAUGAUGUCUUUUUCUUGAAACUCCAUGAGCCACUGCUGCGUAUCGAAAACCGCAAUUUCUUAUGUUGAAAUACGAGGAAACUAAAUUGAUGUUUGACUUAAUGGCUGAUUGUUGUUAAAUGACACUCUUCUAUUAAAAACAGUAAUUUUAUGUUCAUUUUCGUGAUCUCAAAAUGCAUUUCAUGGCGUUGUUUUGUACAGCUUUUUAUUUCUAAAGAAUCCCUUAAUUAUAUAUAUUGCGUUGUAUCUCCUAAAUAAAUAUAGAAAUGUAAAUAAAUGAUUCAUACAGUUGAGCCUCCAUAUAAUCGGCACUAUUUCGACAAGUGUAUUUGAGGUGUCAGUUGUAGUGAGAUUCUAUAAAGAGCGUUUUGACCAUUUGGGAUGAAAAUAUCUGUCCGUUGUUGAGAGUCGUUCGUUACAUAGAGGUGGCUGUUAACAGAGGCUCCACUGUAUGUGAAAUUGAAUUGUAUCAUGAAUAUCAAUGCCUUAUGUCAAGGCAAUAUAGUUUUCAA